AUGGCCUCUCCCUACGACUUGCGGAUCGCCAUCAUUGGCGCCGGCAUGGGCGGCCUCGGCUGCGCCCUGUCACUCGCCAAGAAGGGCUUCAAGCACAUUGCCGUCUAUGAAUCGGCCGCCGACCUGGGGUUUGUCGGCGCCGGCAUCCAAAUGGCCCCCAACAUGGCCCGCAUUCUCGACCGUCUGGGCUGCUGGGCCGACAUUGAAAAGGAGGCGACCAACGUGCAAGAAACCAGCAUCCGGCAGGGCAGCACGGACAAGGAGCUUGCCCAUGUUGACAUGAGCGGCAUUCGUGCGCUGUACGAGUACCCACACUGCACGGGUCACCGGUCGUCACUGGCAGGCGGCAUGUAUAAGGCGUGCUUGGCCGAGCCAGCGAUCGAGUUUCACUUUUCGACAGCCCUCAUCGGCAUUGACCAGUUUGAGCCGCGCCCCAUUCUUCGGUUGCAGAAGCGGUCGCCAAAGGUCUCGAGCAGAGCGAACGAUGCAAGCGGCGCAAGCGGUGCCAACGGUGCCAAUGGAUCGGAUACCACCCAGAACGAAGUAGCAGAAGAUGCGCCCCCCACGUCCCUCGAGGUCGACGUCCUGCUCGGCGCCGACGGCAUCAAAUCGCUUACGCGCGACACCAUGCUGAGCAUUCUGGGCUUGUCGACCGAAGAGGCCGACACGGGCCAGGCGUCGUACCGCAUUAUGCUAACGCGCGACCAAAUGGAAGCGGCCGGCGACGCCGAGAUGAUGCAGCUCCUGGACAGCGACUGCGUCGUGCGCUGGAUCGGCGAGCGCCGGCACAUUAUUGCGUACCCGGUGGCCGGUAAGACAGUGUACAACCUGUCGAGCGCGCAGCCCGACGUGAACUUUGCGGCGGCACCGUCGGCAACCUACACAACGCGCGGCUCCAAGAGCGCAAUGCUCCACGUCUUUGCGGAUUUCUGCCCUCUCGUGCAGCGGAUGCUCAACAUGGUGCCCGAGGGCGAGGUGUGUGAGUGGCGGCUGCGGCAGCACCGGGAGCUGCCGAUGUGGGUGCACGGGUCGGUUGCGCUGCUGGGGGACGCAUGCCAUCCGACGCUGCCACACUUGAGCCAGGGAGCGGCCAUGGCCAUUGAGGACGGGGCGGUGUUGGCGGAGGUGUUGAGCCGGGUGCAGGUCGGCGAUACGGACACCGACACAAGCAGCCGCAUCCGCCGCUGCCUGAAGACAUAUGAACUCCUCCGCAAGGAGCGCACAUCGAUGCUUGUGGACAUGGCGUACCACUCGGGCCGGGCGCUGCACCUCGGCGAGGGCGCGGCCCGCGAGGAGCGCGACCGGCAGUUUGCGGCACACCGCGCCGACGGCAAGAAGGCGAUCCCAGAUAAGUGGGCAUCGCCGGACGUGCAAAAGAUGAUUUACUCGUACGACUGCGUGGCCGAAACGAACGAGGAGUUUGACAAGCUGUAUGCGACGGUGGUGUAG